AUGGUUACCGGUGGAACAUCAGGAAUUGGAUUUUCUAUAGCGGAAAGAUUCUUACAUGAAGGCGCAUCAUCAGUAAUACUGGUUGGCCGGUCCCAGCAGCGAUUAAAAGCAGCCAUCAAAGAUCUGCAAUCUCCAGAUAAUGUCCGUUUUAUCGUUGGAGAUAUAGCAGAAGCAGGGUCCUGGAUGCGCGAACUGGAGAAAGAAAUGACAGAUGUGGAUAUCCUAGUCAAUGCCGCAGGGAUCUCCAUCUCAAAUAUACUCCCUCGGUCUGAGCUGGAAGACAUAUCUAAAAUAUUGCGGACAAAUCUCGAGGGUGCCAUACUCACAUCAAGGGCAUUGAUGCGCGCUGCAAUUCGAGAUCGCAUUCGCAAUCGGAAUGCAACUGAUGGGGACAAGAAGCCUCUUUCGAAAUGUAUCAUCAAUGUCUCUUCACUCCUUGCACUCAAGGCAGGAACUGGUGCGGUACCUUAUGCUGCGUCCAAAGCGGGAAUUUUAGGCUUGACACGGUCGUUGGCUGCUGAGGCUUCGAUAUCUAUGAAAGAUAUUGUUAUUCGAUCCAAUGCUAUCGUUCCGGGUUAUAUUGAGACGCCGAUGAUUUCAGACUUUACACCCGGCGAAGUUAGCAGGCUGAAUGAUAUGAUACCCCUUCAUCGAUUCGGAACACCGGAGGAGGUCGCCGACGCGGCUGUCUUUCUUGCUCAAAAUGAAUAUGCCAAUAACUGCGUGCUCAACCUGGAUGGUGGCCUGAGUGCAGUCUAA